AUGGCGCUACUUCAAGAGCGGGUCACUGGCAUCCAAGAAGAAAGGGUAUGUAGGUCCAAAGCCUCGCUACACCGCCCACGAGGUCACCGAUAUCGUCGGCAGCGUACCAGCACGCGAUCGCAGCACUAUGCGCGACAUGGCCAACGCUAUUGGGAUAUCGGUGACCACACUUUGCCGCCAAUUGAAGUCUUGGACGAUCAACCGUCGAUCGUCCCGACUGAGAAGGAUGCCAGCAAAUUUGAGCGACUUGCAUUCUGUGGUGCAUACGUGAACAUUCAGAUGGAAUGCAUGAAUGAUAACCUGAGCAAUCGCAUGGGCGAUGCGGCCAUCGAAGCUGAACUCACAGCCCUCUCAGAUAUGGCGUAUCUCGACGACAAAUGGUUCAAUGCAGACAAGGAUAGCGGGAAGACGUACGUGACGAAGGGUGAUUAUGAUCGCUGUGCUUGCAAGUCCAAGCGUUUCAUCCCGAUGGUCAUGCUGUUGGCUGAUGUGGCUCGUCCUCGGCUUGAAGCAGGUUUUGACGGCCCUUCUUUGAGCAAAAACGGGCCUGAUGAAACUCCUACGUACCGUGACUACGCGGUGAACAAGGUCGUGCUGUCCAUCAAGGAGCGAUUCCUCAGCAGACGCCUCAUGCGCCACAUACGCCAACCAAAGCCACGAAGUCUCGGACACUGCUCAGCAGCCAUAAAUACCGUGGUGGGGGAGUUGUAUCAGCGAGUCGGUUGGUGCGGUAACUUGUGCUUCAACUAA